GGGAGUUCAACCACACCUUUGCAAACAACGACCUUCCAUCACCUCCCGAGUCGGCUGCGCAAUUGUAGAUUCUAAUCCCUUCGUUUAUUCUCAUUAUACUAUUAGCAAAAAUGACCACCCGUUAUCGUGUUGAAUAUGCUUUGAAGACUCACCGACGGGACCAGCUGAUCGAAUGGAUCAAGGGUCUCCUCGCCGUGCCAUUCGUGCUCCAUUCCCAGCCGACGGGAGUGUUUGAGACACCGCGAGAAACGGUGGAGCAUAUGGCUACUACAGUGCGGCGGAGGUAUGGCGAAAUCAUGCGAGAUGUGGAAGAGUUGAUCAAUGAUCACAUCAAGCACCAAGGCGCAGGCAAGCAGGACAGAUCGAAACUGAAGCUGCUGGUUCCAUCUAUUGGCUCCUUCUUCACACCGUUACUACUGUACGACGCGUUUCUUUAUCAGGAUCAGAAGCGCAUGAUCUCGUACCGUCGCUUCGUGCCGCCAUCGUUCAACGAUGUCCGCCUCAUUCUCAACACGGCGCAGGUGUUAAGCUUGACGAGAAGCGGCCAUACCGAGCUGAUCACAUUCGAUGGGGACGUGACGCUGUAUGAUGAUGGCCAGUCGUUGCUAGCCGACAAUGACGUCGUCGCGAGACUACUUUUCCUGCUCUCAAAAGGCACCAAGAUUGGAAUCGUCACCGCUGCGGGAUAUACAGAGCCCAGGCGGUACUACGAACGGCUUCAUGGACUAUUAGAUGCCAUCCAUCUAUCCAAUCUUCCCCUGGUCUUCAAGCAGAACCUGAUCGUGCUUGGUGGAGAAAGCAACUACCUGUUGAAGUACGACGAUGGGCAUCUCGACCGGCUGAUGUUUGUCCCUCGGCAUACCUGGAUUUUGCCCGAAAUGAGGGACUGGAGUCUCGAAGACAUCAAAUCCCUCUUGGAUAUUGCUCAGAUCGCGCUUCAGGAUUGCGUGACGAAUAUGAAACUCGAUGCGGAAAUCAUCCGCAAGGAGCGCGCAGUGGGUAUCAUCCCAGCCCAUGGAGUGAAAUUCGCUCGGGAGCAGUUGGAAGAGACUGUGCUGGCGGUUCACAAGAUUCUGGAAGUUUCCUCUGUGGGGCAACGAGUGCCGUUCUGUGCCUUCAACGGAGGCAACGACGUCUUCGUUGAUAUCGGUAACAAGGAAUGGGGGGUUCGAUCAUGCCAGCAGUUUUUCGGGGGCAUCGACGGAUCGAAGACCCUCCACGUUGGAGACCAAUUCCUGUCGGCGGGCGCGAAUGACUUCAAGGCACGCAUGGCGUGCACCACUGCAUGGAUUGCCAAUCCACGCGAGACGGUGCAGUUGCUCGACGAAGUUCGACUGCUCGAGGAACUCAACGAGCAGAAGAUCAAGUAGCACAUAAAGAUGUUGGACAACGACACGGACAUAGACACGACCCGUUCUUUAGGCGUAUGGAUUGAAUUCGGAGCCGUGACAGCACAUACUUAGGUAUCACCAAAUACGAAUAUACCCUUUCCUUGUCG